CAAGGCGCUGGGUUUUACCUCAGAAUCGCGGCUCGGGCUGUUCGGGGCGGUCAGGUGGUCCUUCCACCGUCCUGCUAUGGCUGCCAUCAAGACCUUAAACGCCAAGGCCGAGGUGGCGCGGGCCCAGGCGGCCUUGGCGGUCAAUAUAUGCGCUGCCCGAGGGCUGCAGGAUGUGCUGCGGACCAACUUGGGUCCGAAGGGCACCAUGAAAAUGCUUGUUUCUGGUGCAGGUGAUAUCAAACUCACCAAAGAUGGCAAUGUGCUGCUUCAUGAGAUGCAAAUUCAACACCCAACAGCUUCCUUGAUAGCUAAAGUAGCAACAGCCCAGGAUGACAUUACAGGAGAUGGUACUACUUCAAAUGUUCUAAUUAUUGGGGAAUUACUAAAACAAGCUGAUCGUUACAUUUCUGAGGGCUUGCACCCUAGAAUAAUAGCUGAAGGGUUUGAAGCGGCAAAGAAAAAAGCACUUGAUGUUUUGGAAGAAAUUAAAAUUAAAAAAGAGAUGAAAAGGGAUAUCCUCUUAGAGGUGGCUAGAACAUCUCUACAAACUAAAGUUCAUGCUGAACUGGCUGAUGUGUUAAUAGAGGCCGUGGUGGAUUCUGUGUUGGCUAUUACAAGACCGGGUUAUCCUAUUGAUCUCUUCAUGGUAGAAAUCAUGGAGAUGAAGCACAAAUCAGAAACAGAUACAAAGUUAAUCAGAGGAUUAGUUUUGGAUCAUGGUGCCCGUCACCCAGAAAUGAAGAAGCGAGUAGAAGAUGCAUAUAUCCUUAUUUGCAAUGUAUCACUAGAAUAUGAAAAAACAGAGGUGAGCUCUGGUUUCUUUUAUAAGACUGCUCAAGAAAAAGAGAAAUUGGUAAAAGCUGAAAGAAAAUUUAUUGAUGAUAGAGUACAAAAAAUAAUAGACCUGAAAGAAAAAGUCUGUGCUCAUUCCAACAAAGGAUUUGUUGUUAUUAAUCAAAAGGGAAUUGAUCCAUUGUCCUUAGAUGCACUUGCAAAACAUGAUAUAGUAGCUCUUCGUAGAGCAAAAAGAAGAAAUAUGGAAAGACUCACUCUUGCUUGUGGUGGAAUAGCUUUGAAUUCUCUUGAAGACCUCAGUGUAGAUUGCUUGGGACAUGCUGGUAUUGUACACGAAUAUGCAUUAGGUGAAGAAAAGUUCACUUUUGUUGAGGACUGUGUUAACCCUCGCUCUGUCACCUUGUUGGUUAAGGGACCAAAUAAGCAUACUCUCACACAAAUCAAGGAUGCUGUAAGGGAUGGACUUCGUGCCAUUCGAAAUGCCAUUGAAGAUGGUUGUGUGGUUCCAGGAGCUGGUGCAGUUGAAGUGGCAAUAGCUGAAGCUCUUAUGAAGUACAAGCACAGUAUAAAAGGAAGAGCUCGCCUUGGAGUCCAAGCUUUUGCUGAUGCCUUACUCAUUAUUCCUAAGGUUCUUGCUCAGAAUUCUGGUUAUGACCCUCAGGAAACACUAGUAAAAGUUCAGGCUGAGCAUUUAGAAUCAGAACAACCUGUUGGUAUUGAUUUGAAUACAGGUGAGCCAAUGGUAGCUGCAGAUGCAGGAGUUUGGGAUAAUUAUUGUGUGAAAAAACAACUUCUUCACUCUUGCACAGUGAUUGCUGCGAACAUUCUCCUGGUUGAUGAAAUUAUGCGAGCUGGUAUGUCUUCUCUCAAAGGGUGAUUGAGUUCAAAAUCAACUCUUCUAGAAGCUGAGAUUUAGCACAUUUUACAUCCAACUACCUUUAUAUAGCCUGAACCAUUCUUAAUUUUUACACAAUAAAUGCAGCUUAUAUUUGUUGGUU